AUGGACCGAGAAGAACUCAAAGCUAUCCUGAUGGGUCUUAUGGAGGAUGACGCAGGAAAAAAUCUAUCUCUAAAUGUCUUUGGGGAUGGCGCUAACAACAGCGCUGGGAAUCUUCUGAAUUUGUCAAAUGCUUAUAAUAGGAUGAGUUUUGAGGCGGGAAAAUCGUUGGUGGUCGUGUUAGCCUCUGUAGGAAUUACAGCUAAUAUGGCGUCGCUCUUUGCCAUGUUCCAUAUUUCCGGUUCCUUCUCAGCGAAUCAGCGUUUCAUUGUGAACCUGGUCAUGAGCGAUCUUUUCAUCAGCUCUGUAGUAUUACUGCACGUGGCCAACAGCUCCGUGUUCCCCAUGUUUACCCCAGGGGAGGCUUACGGGAAACGUCUCUGUGUGUACACCGUGUUGAAAGCCCUCGUAAUGAUGGGUCAUACGAUCUCCUUACUUAAUUUGGUGGUUCUGGCUUUCGACCAUUUUCUGGCAAUUAGCAAACCUUUACACUAUCUGAAUGUCUUCACUGGUCGGAGAGUGACAUUAACUCUUGCUGGGAUUUGGAUUAUUGGCCUUCUCUGCGGAUUCUCAGAUUUUAUCGUUCCUGCACCGGAAUACUCAUAUUGUGUGGGCCGAGACUACGUGAAUUUCUGCGAAAUUGGAUACUGUUCAAGAUACGAGACGGAAUACCUACUGUUUCCCCUGGCGCAUGUCUGUUUCAUUGUGAUGGUUGUGUUUUACAGCCGCGUAUUUGUAACUAUUUACAAGUACCAGAAAAUGGCCGGGCGCCACCAGAGGCACAUGAGGAGAAACAUUAAAGGUCUGGUCACCACACUGAUCAUCUUAGGGACAUUUAUCGUUUGCUGGUCACCACAUUGUAUAUUCCAGGCCUUUUUUCUUCUCAAGAUUUUAUCGGAUCACAUGUGGGUGAUGAAGAACUACAGACUGUUGUUAAGAGUGGAUUAUUUUAUGUACGCUCUCUGGCUCGCCAACUGUGUUUGUGACCCAAUUAUCUACGCUGUGCGCAUGCGUGAAGUGAAGCAUGGCUACUAUCGUAUGGCACACUGUUACCUUGUCUUGGAGAGAGCGGCAACGCUGCAGAGAAACUCCACUAUGACGUCACUGUAUCGACGUUCUGUGACGACAUCCAUCACGUGCGAACAACUUGACCUUCAGAACGGAAGCUCUCCUGGAAACUCCGCACUGUGA